UGCGCGCCUCGUGGAAUUGCAACAGACGCGCACACGGAUGAGGAGCGGCGCAUGGGCAGGCAGGCAAGAGUCAAUCCGCUCAAGAUGUCUUGCUGUUCAACAAGUGGCAGCAGCAGCACUGCGUCGAUGAUGAAGGCGGACGUUGUAUUUGUGCCAUCCCCAUUGACGACCUUGUGAGCGCCCAGGCAAUCACCAGCAAGAGCCUGUGCACUCCACUGACGCGAGCACCGUCAGACCAUCUCCUCCGGUGUCUCCAUCUACCUGUUGAGAAAGCAACGUGACAACAUGAGUGGAUAUGUCGGCAAUCUUACUCCAAAACAGGCUGAGGCGCUGGAAGAGCUUCGGGAGAGGGUGAAGGACAUCCUGCUCGAGUGUCCGGCACAGACUGACCACUUCCUGCUGCGCUGGCUGAGAGCUAGAAAUUUCAAUGUCCAGAAAGCUGAGACCAUGCUGCGAAAGCACCUGGAGUUCAGGAAACACGUGAAGGCAGAUACUAUAACAACAGAAUGGAAACCACCAGAGGCGAUUGAGAAGCACCUGUCAGGGGGCAUGUGUGGCUACGACCGUGAGGGCAGCCCCAUCUGGUAUGAUGUCAUCGGGCCCGUGGACCCCAAGGGACUCAUGCUGUCCGCCUCCAAACAGGACUUCAUCAAGUCCAAAGUCAGAGACUGCGAGAUGCUGCAGAAAGAGUGUGAUCUGCAGACAGAGAGGCUGGGUAAGAGUAUAGAGUCUAUCACCAUGAUCUAUGACCUGGAGGGCCUGGGCAUGAGGCAUCUGUGGAAGCCUGCCAUAGAUACAUAUACUGAGGUCCUCACCAUGUUUGAGGACAACUACCCAGAGGGACUGAAGAGGCUGUUUGUCGUCAGAGCUCCCAAGAUAUUUCCUGUGGCGUAUAACCUCGUCAAGCACUUCCUCAGCGACAUCACACAGCGCAAGAUCAUCGUCCUCGGGGCCAACUGGAAGGAGGUGCUGCAGAAACACAUCGACCCAGAGCAGCUCCCAGCCAUCUACGGCGGCACGCUGACGGACCCGGAUGGGGACCCCCGCUGCCGCUCCAGGAUAAAAUAUGGCGGCACGGUGCCCAGGUCCUACUACGUGCGCGAGUCCAAGAAGAUCAAUUAUGAGAACGCGGUGUCCAUCAGCAGAGGCUCGUCCCAUCAGCUGGAGUAUGAAGUUUUACUGCCUGGGUCUGUUCUCAGGUGGCAGUUCUCCACUGAGGAUGCGGACAUUGGUUUCGGGGUGUAUCUGAAGGAGCGGAUGGGGGAGUGGCAGAGUGCCAGUCAGAUGAGGGAGGUGGUGCGCAGCGACAGGUACAACUGUCACCUGGUGCCUGAGACAGGCUGCCACACCUGCACCGAGCCCGGAGUCUAUGUCCUACGCUUUGACAACACCUACAGUUUCCUGCGAUCCAAAACCAUCAGCUUCACUGUGGACAUCAUACAUCCAAAUGGCCAAUCACCGAGCAGGAAGAGCAGUAGUCUUGAAGCAGAAGUGGACUGAUUGGAAGGAAUACAUAGUUAAUGUACA